AUGCUCGUGCUGCACCUGCCCCGACCAAGGUUAAGAGCCCGUGCUUAUCCGGCGGAGCAGUCCAACAAGGCCGGAAUCGGGCCAGACGCAGCCAUGCUGGAGGCGAAUAAAACGGAGAGUGAAAUAUCCGCGUGCAGAACUGAGCGUAUUCUUCUACAUGGGGAGGGGUCGAGGGAACCUUGCACUUCCUUACUCGAGCACAUACCAGUAGCAACUUGCGAGCCGUGGGCAUACGCCGACGGCCAACGGCGGAUCCGUGUUGGUUGGUGAGUUUUUAGUUUUCAGGACCGGAGGUUCGGAGACUACAGAUAAUUUUGGCUCCUCAUACCGGUGGAUGAUGAUGAUUCCCGGAAGCUGUGGUGUUGGCUGA